CAACAAACCGGAGCAUUAGCUCGUAGAAAAAUAGCAACGCGCAUGCAUACGGAAAAUGCCUUGGUCAUUUGUUUGCUGAAAGCGACCGAGAACAGCGGAGAAAAGCAGCCAACAUGUUGGAAGAGGACAUGGAAGUGGCCAUCAAAGUGGUCGUGGUCGGCAACGGUGCUGUUGGCAAGUCCAGUAUGAUCCAGCGUUACUGCAAGGGCAUUUUCACUAAAGACUACAAAAAGACAAUCGGGGUGGACUUCCUAGAAAGGCAGAUUGUUGUAAAUGAUGAAGAGGUCCGACUAAUGCUCUGGGACACAGCAGGGCAGGAGGAGUUUGAUGCCAUUACCAAGGCUUACUACAGAGGUGCCCAGGCUUGUGUACUAGUCUUCUCGACUACAGACAGGGAGUCGUUUCAGGCCAUCGACAGCUGGAGGGAGAAGGUGGAAGCAGAGGUUGGGGACAUCCCCACAGUGCUGGUGCAAAACAAAAUCGAUCUUCUGGAAGAGACGGUCAUUAAAAAUGAAGAGGCGGAAGCUUUAGCCAAAAGACUGAAGCUGAGGUUUUAUCGUGCUUCAGUGAAAGAGGAUCUUAAUGUCAAUGAAGUUUUUAAGUACUUAGCUGAGAAGUAUCUUCAGAGACUCAAACAGCAAACYGCUGAGGAGACAGAGGUGGUCCACACUACAAGCAAUAAAAUAGGUGUCUUCAAUACAGUUAGUAGUAAUGUUAACAACCAGAGCUCCAGCAACGGCAGAGAAGUCAUCACUUUGCGACCAAACAAGCAAAGGACCAAGAGGAGUAAAAAUCCGUUUGGAGGUUGCAGCCUGCUUUAAAGGACAUCCUUUUGUUUUAYUUACUGAUUUUAAAACACAGACUAGGAAAUCCAACAAAACACUACUUUGAUGACACUAGGGCUGCCACGAUUAGUCGACGACUAAUCGAUUAUUAAAAUAGUCGAUGACUAAUUUAAUAAUCGAUUAGUC